CAUUCAGCAGUCGUUUUCUGGAAGAAAGAGUAUCGUGCUUUCAUUUCAUUGAAGAGCGGCAAACAGUGUGCCAGCAGCGGCGUCCUGUCGCCUCUCACGGAAUGCGCCGAGACUCGAGCGUCUCGCAGUGGAGCACGACGGCUGUGAUUGGCACGAGCACGUGCAGUGGCGAAGCCAUCGGGACCGAGACGCACCCUUCGAGACGUCACUGCCAGACGCUCGAAGGACCAGGUGUCGCCGAGACAUUCUUCGGUGUGCCGGAUGGCAAGGACUUUGUCUUGGACUUCGGCGGCCGCCUCUCCGGCAGCCAGCAGCACCGUAGCCGUCGUCGCAAAGAUGUUUUGAGGGCUAAGCGAAUGCUGCUCCGCCGCAAGCGCAAAUCGACGGACCUGCCAAGAGAGGCCGCGCAGAUCGAAGACGAAGCCUGCGUGCUACCUCUCACAGACCACAACGUCCAUCUUGGAGGCGACACAUGCGAGGAGGCCGGACGACCGCCUCUCGACAAGGCCUGGGUAGACAGGGUGGACGAGACAUCACGGCAUAACCCGCUUUUGGCAACUGACGUCUCGUUUCGACUCAGGCGGGUGUGGUCUAAACCGGGGCUUGUGUGGCAACUGAGCAGAUUCUGCGCCGAACGGGGCGACAGUCUGCGAAACCUCUUGUUCGCUCGACAUGAGCAGGUUGCCGUCGCGGAAACUGCGCGCCCUGACCAAAGUGAACCGCGGAAGCCUAAGAAGCAGGGGGACGCCAGAUCCUUGAGCGAGGACAAUGAGAAAAGCCCCAAGGGUGAGAGCGACAGAAGCCCAGAAAAGCAACGCGAGUCUUCCGGUCAACAAGGCGCUGAUCCGGGAGGUGACGAUGAAAAUGAUCAACAGGGAGGCCACGAGGAAGCUGCAGAUACUUCUCGCCUUGCGAGUGCCGUCGGAGAAGGUGGCCACGCUCAAGUCAACAAGACCCAUGAGCACGGAGGUCGAGCGCGGGAGCUUGAAGCAAUAAUCAUGGAGGAAAAAGAAAAAGCAAAAGACCUCAGAGCGGCUGUGCUACUGGCACUGACGUACGGCGCCAGUUUCGGGGCCGCUGCCGCGUACGGGGCGUCCAACGCUAACGUCUACAUGAAAAAGUACAUAGAAAUGAACGUCAAACUGCCGAACGUCACCCUGGACGUCUACACGUGGCUUCUAGUACACGUCCCGUUCUGCUUCACGCUCAUGGUCAUCGCCGCCAGAAUCAUUUAUUACAUCCACACUCGGAACUACGACAUCAUCGAGACUGCCACCGCCCCCAAGAGCAACGUCGUCAUUCGGGACCGACUGCACAUCAUGGGACGUGUCAGCUACGGCGAGUACAUCGCCGCCUUCCUUGUUGGCACGGCCAUGGUCCUACUGAUUUUUCGGGAGCCUACAUUCAUGAGCACCGGAUGGGGAGAUUGGCUCGGUAUUGAAAGGGAGGUGACGGACGCAUCGGUUGGCAUCAUCGUGGGUAUGCUGGCCUUUCUUUUUCCUGCGGACAUCCUCCCCGAGGCACACCAGACGCAGAUCAUCGAGUGGGCCGACAUGCUUAAGCGCCUUCCCUGGGGCGUCAUCUUCAUCCUGGGCAGUUCCUCCACCGUCACCACGGCAAUAGAGAAUAACGGCGUGUACAAGAUGCUCGAGGACAAGCUGUUCAACCUCAGCAUGCCGCCUCUCUACCACCAAUACAUCUCGGUGCUGAUUAUGGGCUGCUUCGGUGAGCUGACCACAUUCAAGAGCCGGCUACGCCACUUCACCAGGAUCGGAUACAGGAUAUCGCGCAAGCUGCAUCGAGAACCUCACUUGUUCCUACUUCCGGUGAGCGUGAUGUGCCAGCUGAGCCUCAUCCUCCCGUCGGCGAGCCCAAACAACGCUAUGGCCUUUGAGUUGGGCAGCAUGACUUCGCUUCAAAUGAUCGUACCCGGCUUCAUCACCAAGGCCCUGGUGAUCGUGCUCUACAUGACGCUGAUAAACUUCACCAUUUCGCCGAAUGAACUGUCUGAUGUGCACGGCUUCGUGAACGACACAACUGGCUUCGCAGCUGGCUAUCAGGACGCAGCCAGUGUGGCCAUUGACGUUGCGCAGGUCGCAUUCGAGUGACUUCUUCGCCUAUCUGCAGACACUGAAGUUGUGAGACAGCUGACGAUAUCGUCACGUUUAAUAUAGUCGCUUCGCGGAUGCGUUACGAGUUUUCAGGUGAAAGCGUGUCCAUCAAUACUCCCGGGGGACUCCUGGAGUAUGCUGAACUGCACUGGCUAGGGCAAGUUGAAAGGGGUCGAACAGCGCGGCAAGGCGCGGUGACGUGUAAACGACAGACACAGUGACCGUGAAAUUAGCGAAGCUUAUUAUAUACGCCAACGCGGCACGUGAUUCACGUGUUAGCAUGCCUUGUGUAUCGCUACUUGGCAGUGAAAUGCGCCACUUAUCGAAUGUGUUCUAGUCCACCAAGAGCAGUGGGGUGCGAUGGUUUUGUGUUGUUUUCAUGUUUUCAGCGUAUCUUGUUUAUCCUGUAUAUUGCAGAGGACAUAGGGCAGUGUUUCAAACGGCGCACGCAAGCGAUUUUGCGUGCACGGAAACCCCCACGCCCUGCUUGCGUCCUUUUGCAGGCCUUUUGCUUUAUUUUAUAUACCUUCCUGCGUGCUUUCAUACGCCGGAUACUUUUCGUCGCCUAACUUUGGGUGCGGAAAACUCCCUAAUGUCGAGUGGCGGGAGAUAUGCGGGCGCUGACACCUUCAUGUGAAAAACAAAAAUAUG